GCCCCGCGCCUCGCCAUGGGCCCGGCCGUGCGGCGGGGCUGAGCGGCGUCCCCCGGCCAUGUCGCAGCGGGGGGACGGCGACCUCCCCGAGCACUCGCCGCAGGCCCAAGGCGCCGUGGCCGAGCUGCGGCGGCGGGCGGACGCAGAGCCCGGGCAGCGCUGGCCCCAGCCCCUCAGCGACGCCUUCCUGCUGAGGUUCCUGCGAGCCCGGGACUUCAACGUGGACCUGGCCUGGAGGUUACUGAAGAAUUACCAGAAGUGGAGAAUUGAAUGCCCAGAAAUAAGUGCAGAUUUACAACCAUCUUCCAUUCUUGGUCUUUUGCAUGCUGGCUAUCACGGAGUCCUGAGAUCAAGAGACCCAUAUGGAAGCAAAGUUCUAAUAUACAGAAUUGGACAAUGGGAUCCCAAGUUAUUUACAGCAUAUGAUGUGUUUCGUGUAAGUUUGAUCACAUCUGAACUCAUUGUAAAGGAGAUUGAAACUCAGAAGAAUGGAGUCAAGGCUAUCUUUGAUCUUCAAGGGUGGCGAUUUGCUCAUGCAUUUCAAAUCAGUCCAGCAGUGGCCAAGAAAAUUGCUGCUGUGCUCACAGAUUCCUUUCCACUAAAAGUUCGAGGUAUCCACUUGAUUAAUGAGCCUUUAUUCUUCCACCCAGUCUUCGCUCUAAUUAAGCCUUUUCUCACUGAAAAAAUAAAGCAACGGGUGUAUAUGCAUGGAAAUAACUACAUGCAGAGUCUGACUGAACACUUUCCAGUCAGCAUUCUCCCACAGGAAUAUGGAGGGGAAGGAGUCUCCUUCGAAGAGCUGGCCAAGGAAUGGACUGACUUCAUAAUGUCGUCUGCAGAUUAUCUCCAGAGCAUUUCCCUGCUUGCUCAUAAAUAACCUUAUGGCAGUAUUACAGCAGUUCAUGAAGACUGGAAGUGGAAAUAAGUUUAAUAUGAAAUAUUUCAUGUAAACUUGAAGUUACUGUAAAUGAAAUCAGUAUGUCUUUGCAGGGCACUGAGGGUUACACUGACUGCACUUUUAUACUAACUGGAGUGUAUCAGUAUGUACAUCUGAGGAGACUAAUGAAUUCUACAUGUUUGCAAUACUGUUUGUAACUGAUUAAGUUGUAUGUUUGUAGUUGUGCAUUGGAUAGCAUAUUAUGGAUACUGCUCCUGUUAAGUCAUUGGAGAAAACUCCUCUGUAAUAACAUAGUCCAGAACCUUACGCUUAGCUCUUUUAUCUUGGCUUGUCAAGAUGGUAAGAUACAAAGCCAAAUAAUUUAAGUAGAACAGAAUAUGAAUGGGGUAGACUAGUUGCAGAAGUAUGAAUACAGGCCUAAUUUACAGCUGGGGGAAAGAGGCUGCUUUUUGGAUUGAUUCUCAGGGAAAUGGUUGUUUUGUUAGUUUGCACUGCUAAGAUUGCAUAGUCAAAUUGAGAAUUAGUCAGCAAUAGUGAAACAUUUGUUAUCUCUGUGCUGCUUGUGCAGCUUCCCAUUUUGUGCUAAUUAAAACAGUAAUCCGCUACUUUCAUAGAGGAAGAUGAGAAAAAGACCAUGUACAUGUUCUUCAGAGGACACCAUGAACCAAGAGGAACUGUUAAGAGAGUCAAAAGAACUUUGAAAAUUCUGAUUUUCUUUCUUCAGAGAUACUGUCUGUGAACAAGUUAUAAGCAACCCAGUAAUGCAAACACGUUUAUUUCCUGCUGUAGAGUGUUAGAGGUCAAGAGCUCUUAGCUGUUUGCAGUAUCACUUUGUUUUGAAGGGUGAAGUAAAUUAUCCUUCAUAGAUCUGAGCUUUAGAAAUAUCCGUUCUGUGGUUUAAGGGUGCUUGUAGGUCACUUUGAGCCUCAGCUUAGGAAUUGCUGGCUAUCUUCCUUCUUAUCUUCAGGAAAGUAAUUGGCAACUUGCCAACUUACGUCAUGUUGGGCACUGGAUGAUUUAACUUUCUGUUGAGUCUUAUGUAAUGAAAAAAUCUGUAGUUAUGGAAAAUGGAUUUUUCUAAGGGACACGAUUCAUAUAUGAAUACUGUAUGUGUAUAAGUUGUCACAUAUAUUACAUAGCAGUAACAUCCUACAUUCCCGAGUAUUUAAUAAUCUGAAAUGUUAAUUUACUUUUGACUCUUUUUUGUUAAAAUUCCUGAAAUACAUCAACUGCUGGAGUUCAUUUACACAAUUUUUAUCUCUCUUUUGUAACAAGUCGGGGGUCUUUACAUAAAUAUUAGAUACUUAAGCAUUCCAUGUGAAUGUUCAUAUAAAUGAAUCAAUAAUGCUUUACUUCUCAGGUAGCUGGAACUGCUAACUUCAGUUAUUUUGAAAUCAUUAGAACAUUGGGAUGCUGUAUUAAUAUGUGUUUAGGGGAGAGAAAUAACAAAAUCUUAUUAAGUCAGAAAUGUCUUAUUUUACUUCAUCAUUGAUACUCUGUUAUUGCAAAAGCCAGUGGCAGCUUCUCUUUAUUAGCAUGAGGAACACCUUUGAAAGUCCUAUACCAUACUUGGUGUUAGUUUCCUCUGAUAUGGUAAGAUAAAUGUUACAAAAUUCCUUAAAAACUGACAAAGAUUUUCUUUUUUUCAAUCCUUUCAUUGCCUCAAGUGCAUUUUCAUUCUUGUCUUUCAGGAUAUCUUUGAAGCAGAGCCUAAAGCUAAAGAAAUUAUUUUCCUGAUGCAUUUUCAUAUAUGCACAUAUUUCAUAUCCUUCUUUUUCUCUGAUUGAACUAUUUUGUGAUAUGAAAAAAGGUCCUUACAUUGACGAGUUCAUUGAAAUGAUUAUUAUUCUUUAUUAGAAAAUAAACUAAGUGGCCAGACAUCUGGCAAUUCUUCAAGAGUUUAACUCAAGUUCCAAAUCCUGUAUGAACUCGAGAAAUGAAAAUAUUGUCCUAAAGUUUUGCUCCUUCAGUUUUAGUCCUUGAAUGUGAACUGCAUAAAGAAAUUGGCCAUGUUUCAGUGAACAGGAAAACUCAAUCUUUUCCUAUGAAACCAAUCCCUGAUUGUUGCGGUCUUAUCUGAUUCUUGUCUCUUCUAGAUUACUUCCGUUAUUGCAUUUGUAUAUGUACAUGGACAAAAUUUAUGGAUUUUAUCUUCAUUUGAACUAAACCAUCUCAAUGAAGUCCAAAGUGUCUUCAAAAAUAUCCUGGAUCUAUUAUUAAAUGGUAACAUGAAUAUAUAACACAAUGGAGCACUGAAUAGUUAUUUUUUUCAUGAACUGUUAAUUAUUUUUAAUGUUUACAUGUUCAGUAGGAAGUCUGUACACAGAACAUUGAAUUUGCUGCUAUUAACGAUGAUUAAAUAAUCAGAAAAUUUGCAUAACAUGGCAAAGGUGGUAGUGUAGUGGGUGGAGGUAGAGCACCCGUGAGCUUUAGAGUAAAUAAAAUCGUAAGUGCCUUAUUCUUCUCUAGUAAGACCAGAAGUGCCUUUAAAGAAAACAAACGUGCUGUGAAAUGCUGAUGCAAGUACUGACAAGCGUGAUGUAAUGCAAAAUGUUUUUUAAUUCUUUUUUUACAUGUUAACACCAUUAUUAUCAAUAAACCUCUUCUACCUGAACCGGC